ACUUGCGCGGCUGACCGUAGCCGUGCUCCGUCUCCCGGCCUGGUCUCGAACUGGCCUACCUCCCCAAGUCCUUGCUGGCCCUCGGAGACCCACCCCACAGUCAAGACCUCCCGAUCGGGCCGGUCCCCGACUUCCAUUUCCCCACCCUUAACCCCCUGCCGGGAGUCCGUUAAUCACCCCGUGCUCUGCCCUGUUCCGCCAAGGGUCCCCUGUCUCUGAGCCUCGGCCCCAUGGCGCUGCAGGCGCUGCAGAGCUCGGGGGUGGCCUUACGCAGGAUCCUGUCUCAUUUCCCCGAGGAGCUGAGCCUGGCUUUCGCCUACGGCUCCGGGGUGUACCGCCAGGCGGGGCCCAAUUCAGACAAGAAUGCCAUGCUGGACUUUGUGUUCACAGUAGAUGACCCUGUUGCAUGGCAUUCAAAGAACCUGAAGAAAAACCGGAGCCACUACUCUUUUCUAAAAAUUUUGGGGCCCAAGAUUAUCACAUCCCUCCAGAAUAACUAUGGUGCUGGAGUUUACUACAAUCCAUUGAUCAUGUGUGAUGGUAGGCUUAUCAAAUACGGAGUUAUUAGCACGAGUAUUCUGAUUGAAGAUCUCCUGAACUGGAAUAACUUAUAUAUUGCUGGACGACUCCAAAAACCGGUGAAAAUUUUAGCAAUGGAUGAGAAUGUCAUUCUUAGAUCAGCUCUUGAUAAAAAUCUGAAGAGUGCUGUGACUACUGCUUUCCUCAUGCUCCCUGAAAGCUUUUCUGAAGAAGACCUCUUUAUAGAGAUUGCUGGACUCUCCUAUUCAGGCGACUUUCGGAUGGUGGUUGGAGAGGAAAAGUCAAAAGUGUUGAAUAUUGUGAAGCCCAACGUAGCCCACUUCCGUGAGCUCUAUGGCAGCAUAUUGCAGGAGAAUCCUCAAGUGGUGUAUAAAACCCAGCAAGGCAGACUGGAGAUAGAUAAAAGCCCAGAAGGGCAAUUCACUCAGCUAAUGACGUUGCCCAAAACCUUACAGCAACAAAUAAAUCAUAUUAUGGACCCUCCUGGAAAAAACAGAGAUGUGGAAGAAACUUUAUUCCAACUUGCUCAUGAUCCUGACUGUGGAGAUGUGGUGCGACUAGGGCUUUCAGCAAUCGUGAGAACUUCUAGUAUAAGACAGAGCACCAAAGGCAUUUUUACUGCUGGCAUGAAGAAAUCCAUGAUUUAUAGUUCACUAAAACUGCACAAAAUGUGGAAAGGAUGGCUGAGGAAAACAUCCUGAUUUUGCCCACUUUCAUGUAUGUUAUGUGUAGAUGAAUAAAGUGUUUGUUUUUGACAGGA